AUGAAAUUCAUAAUAUGUUUAGCAUUAAUUUUGGCUGUUGCCGAGUAUGAGCGCGCGCUUUAUGUGCCUGUGGUGAGCGAGAAGUUUGAUGGACGUAUUACAAAUGGAAAAGACGCUGCCCCAAAUCAAUUUCCUUACCAAGUUGGUUUGCUAUUGACUACCGCUAGCCGUGCGUCUUGGUGUGGCGGUUCAUUGAUUGGCAAAAACUGGGUGCUUACUGGUGCUCAUUGCACUGAGACCGCCAACUUCGUACAGGUUUAUCUUGGUGCCAUAGUUCGUACUAGUCCAGCUGUUUCCUACAAUAUCAGCAAGAGUGACAUCAUUGUCUAUCCCGGCUGGAUUAAAAAAACUACUAAAAAUGAUAUUUCACUCAUUCGCAUCCCAACCGUUAACUACACGGCCGCUAUUCAGCCUGUUGCCCUACCGAAGAUUGCUUCAUCAUACCCAACUUAUAACGGUGAAAGCGUUAUCGCUUCCGGCUGGGGUCGUACCUCUGACACUUCGACCAGCGCUGCUUCUAAAUUGCAAUAUGCCACCAUGACUGUUAUCUCCAAUGCCCAGUGCAAGAAGUCCUAUGAAGGUAUAUCAGCAAGCAAUAUAUGUACUGCCACAACCGGUGGUAUCUCCACCUGCAGCGGUGACUCCGGCGGUCCAUUGGUGUUGGCAUCCAGUAAAGUACUAGUCGGUGUGACUUCAUUCAGCUCUAAUGAGGGUUGUUCUUUGGGUUACCCAGCAGCAUUUACCCGCCUUACUAGCUACUUGGACUGGAUUGAACAAGAAACUGGCAUUUCUGCUUAAAAGUUAACAAACACUAUGUGAAUUGUUUUAACUGUUUAAAUAAAAUAUAAGUUCAGAACAGG